UUCAGCAACAGCCGGCGCCGCAGACGAUGAUGUUUCACACGCCUCCCCUAACGUGUCUGCUACCUGCAACAAUCCAUUCACAUUGGUUAAAAUCAAGACAUGGUUGAAUGGCGCAGAAGGGGAAGAAAUAGGGGGACUUAGUGCAGCAUUUGGCACACUUUUACCUACUGAGGAAAAAAAGGGUGUCAAAUUGCGUGCUUCUUACACAAACCCUUUGAAUUGCUGUUCCAGUAUCUCUCCGAAAUUAUCGGGUGCUAUGGCAUUAGCUAUGCGUGGUGAAUGUGAUUUUUUAACAAAGGCUAAAGUUGCGCAAGGAGGAGGUGCUGAAGGCAUUGUGAUAAUAAAUGAGGAUGAAGCUCUAGUAGAGAUGGGUUGUUCUGGAAAUGAGGAUGUCCAAAUAAAAAUACCAGUGGUGAUGAUAUCUAAAUCUAGAGGAGACAUAAUUCGGAAAUUCAUGGAUGCUGGAAACAUAGUGCACCUGCUUUUGUAUGCGCCAGAUCGCCCCAUUUUGGAUUACUCAGUAAUAUUCUUAUGGUUGAUGGCUGUUGGAACUGUUUUUUGUGCAUCUAUUUGGUCAAAAAUUACUGCAUCCAAGGCGAUUGAUGACUACCAACUAUCUUCCAAGGUUCUACAAAUAAAUCCAUUAUUUGUCUCAUUUUUAAUGGGUUAUUAUCGUUGACCUCCUCAAGG